UGAAUCGAAGAUGGUUUUAUUUUUUAAUUAUGGAAAGAGAAAAGCCUCCCAAAUGUGCUUAUGUUUUUGAUCCAAAUUCCACUUAAAAAUGCAUGUGUAGCAGACUUAAAUGGUACUGCAUGCCAGUAAUUACAUUGAAUUUAGGUGCUGUCUCUUAUAAUGCUCAAAAAUGACUGAAAAGUGAAAACUGAAUCUCAGAAUAAAUCACCAUUGACAAAUCUGCUAAAUGUUAAACUGACCAAUGAACUAUUAAGGGUUAAUUUCACAUUUGAACACCAGGAAAAGAGAGACACUUAAGACAUACAAGUUGGGAAAUUGUGGGCUCAAAGCAUCUUAUUGCCAUCCUUUAAAUUAAUGUACAUAAGUUUGGGACUAUAUACUGUCAAUUUAUUGACCAGCAAUCCAGGUGAGUUCUGUUAAUUGUUUGAAGAAUCUAGUCAAUUGGGAAUUCAUUCUUGUGGUUUAUCAUGUGCUUUUUUUUGGCAAACUAUACGAAGGACAAUCCAAGAAUCAACAUGACAUGGACUCUACUACAGUGCAAGUAAGUCUGACAUUUUAUCAUUGUUGCUGUGGCAUUGAUGUGAUUGACUAUCUCACACCUUAUGUGCUAAAUGAAAUGAUUGUAGCUGGGAUAACAGUUGGCAUGCUUAAAAUAAAAAUAAAUCAACUUUUCAGUUAUGUUGGAUGGAAUCUUCUAGAGGUUUGAGCAAUGGUGGCUAGGGUAAGAUGUGUGGCAGUAUUGGGUGACAAGUUGGUGAGGCCCAUCCUGAUGUUGGGAGCAAUUCACAUUAUCUUUUAGGCUUUCCAUAAGUGGUGUGACAAAUUCUUGCUCAGUUGUAGUAAAUUGCCAUUUGACAAGGAUUAAUGCUUGUUAAACACCUUGUUAAUGCCACAACUCACCUCAUUAGUAUACAGUGACCCAAAUUACAGAAUUAGUUAAAUAAAGUUGAUGUCAGGACAACUUGACAAGGAAAUUAGAGUGAGCACCUGGUGGAUUCAGCUCACUACUUUUUCUGAAUGACAUCCAUGUUGCCUAUGAACAAACUAAAGCCCAGGGCACAAUACAUGGGCAUCAGCUAAGUACACCCCUUGUCCACAGGCAUUGGCAUCCAGCAUCUGUCAACCCAUCAGAGCUGUCCUGGCACCUCUCUGAUGCAUCGGCAGUAAGGUUUGGAAGCACAGACUGGCAUUGCAGGUGCACUGGCAACUAGCAGUGAAAGGUUGAAGUUGGGGCUCAGCUGCAUCUCAGGGCUGCUCAUUGCUCUCCUGGUGCUCAUUCGCUUAGCAGCUACCUGCAUUCUCACAACACUCCUGCCUUGCCUUGCCAUGCCAAUUCGUGCAGUCACAAAAACAGGCAACUAUACUCGCUGGGAGCAGUCCUCAGUUUAAGGGGCAACCAUCUUGUAAAAUUGCAGAUGUCCAUGUGCCAACAGCUUACGUGGCAAACACAUUGCAUGUUCAGCAGGCAGGUAGCCAUACAUCCAAACUUAGGGGAGUAGUCUAAAUGAAGACCAUGGAGGUGCCCGUCAGUCCCAGCACAUUAAAUCAAGGUCAGCCUCCCAUACCAGUUUAGGGCAUUGGUCACAGUCAGGCGUCCAGUCGGGGUUUUAUCAGUAAGUUGGUCCAAGCAUCUACAGUCCAAGGGGGUGGGGCCAGUCAAUCCGUUGUCUCCAUAUCGAUCUGUCCACCCAUAUUGCUAAUGGGGGUUGUUUAGGUACAUCUUGCUCAGGGCUAUCUGGUGAUAUCAGGGCUAUGACCAUUCUGUUAGGUUGAUCCACAGAAACUAAAGGAGAAGGGGGGGAAUGGGAAAAGUGUGGCUGUUGUCACAGGACUGAGGCCUGGUAGGUUACUCUAUGGCACUGCAGCCUUCACACUUUAGAAAAGGGAGAAGUAUUACUAUGAUGGAGGGCAGCAGGAUCUACAAGGUAGGGACACAUAUGCAAGAAAUGUAAAGCAAUAGUGUCAGAAAAAAAGUGAAAAUACAGGAAACUUUUGUCUCGCAGCUGAAAGCAUGAAAUAAAAUAUAUCUGAGCUCAGGAUAUUGUUUGGGAAGGAUUUUGUUUAUGUCAUGCUGAGGGAUCAGUGCCCAAAGGAGAUGCAAACCAACUUUCCCCUCAUUACUGACUGCUAACAUACUCUGAAAAGGGUCUUUUCCUGUCUGUGGUGGAAUUGCAGCUUUGAGAUCCAGCAGCAAGCAUCCUGGUGCAGCAAUGAUGCAGAAACCAGAUUACCGACCAAUCCAUUAGCAACCAAAUGAUGGCAUUGCAAGGAAGAAAAUGAAUGGCAGUAAGAGGGCAAAAAUGGAUUUUUGGGGGAUUAAAAAGAAAUGCCAAUGAAAAGAGGAAGUGGCAGGGUAAUGGAAUGAGGAGUUCUGAAGGAGGGUUACUGGACUCAGAACAUUAACUCUGCUUUCACUCCACAGAUGCUGCCAGACCCGCUGAGUUUGUCCAGCAAUUUCAGUUUUUGCUUCAGAUUUCCAGCUUCCAAAGUUAUUAUUUCAGCAAAAGCGACUAAUGCAUGGACCAAUGAGUAAUACUAGAUGAAAACUCCCAAGGCUCCUUCAACACCACUGCAGAGUAGCAGCAGUGUGUGCACCAUCUGCAAGAUGCACUGCAUUAAGCCACUUUUGACAAUAUUUUCCAAACCUGUGACAUGAAUGACCUGGAAGGAGAACAGCAGGCAUGGGAAUAUCACAAGUUCCCCUUCAGGUCACGCAUCACACAGAGGGUGGCUCAUAUGCAGAAUGAACUUCCUGAGGAAGUGGUAGAUGCAGGUACAGUUACAACAUUGAAAAGACAUUUGGACAGGUACAAGAAUAGCAAAGGAUUAGAGAGACAUGGAGCAAAUAUGGGCAAAUGGGACUAGUUUAGUUUUGGGAAUCUUGGUUGGCAUGAACGAGUUGAAUUGAAGGAUCUGCCAAUUGUCUUCUUACCGAGCAUGUCCAAAAGGAGCCAUAUCAUAUCAGCUCUGUAGAUCGCCAAUGAAAAUAUCCUAUUAAGAUGUACAAUUAAUUGUUUAGAUAUCACAUCUCCCAUUAAUACAGUGCCCCCUUUCUACGUCCAGUCGCUUUGACGCUGUUCUUGAUAAAAUAUCAUUUUAUAAUCGCAAGUAUUUCGAGAGGAAAUAUAAACGAAUAAAAUACUGGGUGUCGAACUCGAAAGUUGAAGAAAACGAAUGCAAAUGUGUCUCUGCCUUUUUACGCGUCUGUUCAGCCCCUUUGUCGCUGAGAUCAGUAUGUGCUGCUGCCCUCGGUGGACUAGGCCCGGUUUCCAUGGUGACUGCAGGGCCCGCUAUCACUUCCGGGGGUGUUGGCGAAGAGGUCGCAGUGAAGGUUGUGAUGUGUCGGAGCUUUAGCCGAGUAGUUGGCAGUGUGGGCUCCAGGUCGGCCCUGUCCUGCCCUCUUGGCCUCUAGUAUGUUGCUGCUGUUGCUGCCGCCGAGGACAACGCCGAUCUGAUCACGCGAUAGAGCCGGGGGAGGAGCACAGGGACAGGCGCAGGGUUCCAGCUGUCAGAUUCUCACGACAGUAGACAAGACCAGUCUCUGUGGAAAUUAUGGCUUUUUAAAAGAGCUAAAGAGAGAAAAACCACAUUUAGUGGGCCAAAGGUCUGGAAGUGAAGAAUAGAAUUUGCUAACUGCUUAUGUCCGCUGAAUUUCCUGUCAACAAUGCUGAAUUUCUGACAGCUAUCUUGAGUAAAAAUGGCAAAAGAUCAGUUUUAUCGAAGAGGUAGUUUCAAUAGCUACCAGAGCAACACAAGUGAUGAAGAUAUGGUGGAAAUUGCAGGAGCAUCUCUGGACUUUUCUUUGGCAGAUGACGUUCCUCCUUUAGACAGGGAGCCACAAGAAGGGUAUACAAACUAUAAUGGAACAGGAAUGAAUGGUUCAAGCAAGAUAAUGGAUUUUCUAGAUGAGCCAAUUCCUGGUUUGGGGACAUAUGAAGAUUUCAAUACAAUAGACUGGGUCCGUGAGAAAUCCAGGGACAGAGACAGACACCGAGAGAUUACAAGCAAAAGUAAAGAGUCAUUGUGGGCACUCAUUAAAGGUUUGAGUGAUGCCUUCUCUGGGUGGCUGGUGAUGUUACUGGUUGGACUUAUGGCAGGUGCUAUUGCUGGUUUGAUCGAUAUGGCUUCUCACUGGAUGACAGAUCUGAAAGAAGGCGUCUGUUUAGUGGGGUUCUGGUACAACCAUGAACAUUGUUGCUGGACAUCCAGUGAAACCACUUUUGAGCAACGAGAUAAAUGCCCACAGUGGAAGUCUUGGUCGGAGCUGUUUCUCAACCAGUCGGAUGGAGCUGGUGCAUACAUAUUGAAUUACUUCAUAUAUGUUAGCUGGGCUAUGGCUUUCGCUUUCCUGGCUGUGUCUUUGGUGCGUGUAUUUGCACCUUAUGCUUGUGGAUCUGGAAUUCCAGAGAUUAAAACCAUAUUAAGUGGCUUUAUCAUUAGGGGCUAUCUAGGAAAAUGGACUCUGAUCAUAAAGACUGUUACCCUGGUUUUGGCUGUGUCUUCAGGCCUCAGCCUGGGAAAGGAAGGUCCUCUAGUGCAUGUGGCCUGCUGCUGCGGCAAUAUUGUUUGUCAUCUGUGUACAAAAUAUAGGAAAAAUGAAGCUAAAAGGAGAGAGGUACUAUCGGCAGCUGCAGCAGCAGGUGUCUCUGUUGCUUUUGGUGCCCCCAUUGGAGGAGUUUUGUUUAGCCUUGAAGAGGUCAGCUACUACUUCCCUCUGAAGACUUUAUGGAGAUCAUUUUUUGCUGCAUUGGUCGCAGCCUUCACACUCCGGUCUAUUAAUCCAUUUGGGAAUAGUCGCCUUGUGCUGUUCUAUGUAGAAUUCCACAGCCCCUGGCAUUUGCUGGAAUUAAUCCCUUUCAUCCUUUUGGGUAUCUUUGGAGGACUAUGGGGAGCUUUUUUUAUUCGUGCCAACAUUGCCUGGUGCAGAAGGCGCAAGACCACCAAGUUAGGGAAGUACCCAGUUCUUGAGGUCCUUGUUGUGACUGCCAUCACAGGUAUUGUAGCUUUCCCUAAUGACUACACUAAGAUGAGUACCAGUGCGCUCAUUUCAGAGUUGUUCAAUGACUGUGGACUUUUGGAUUCAUCACAACUCUGCGAUUACAUCAAUGAUGUCAACAGCACCAAAACAAUUGAUGACUUGCCAGAUCGCGCGGCAGGUAAAGGUGUCUACAUGGCAGUUUGGCAAUUGGCUCUAGCACUGGUGUUUAAAGUUUUCAUCACAAUAUUCACAUUUGGUAUGAAGGUUCCCUCAGGACUCUUCAUACCAAGCAUGGCUGUGGGUGCAAUAGCUGGAAGACUUCUAGGAAUAGGAAUGGAACAGCUGGCUUAUUAUCACCAUGACUGGAUCAUCUUUAAAGGUUGGUGCAGUCCUGGAGCUGACUGCAUCACUCCUGGGUUAUAUGCCAUGGUCGGUGCUGCUGCAUGCCUAGGUGGUGUGACCAGGAUGACUGUAUCAUUAGUGGUUAUAAUGUUUGAACUAACAGGCGGACUGGAGUAUAUUGUACCACUAAUGGCUGCUGUAAUGACUAGUAAAUGGGUGUCUGAUGCAAUUGGACGUGAGGGCAUCUAUGAGGCACACAUUCGGUUGAAUGGCUACCCAUUCCUGGAAGCAAAGGAGGAAUUUACACACAGAACUUUAGCAAUGGAUGUAAUGAGACCUCGACGCAAUGACCCUCCUCUGACCAGCCUCACUCAGGAUGGGAUGAAGGUAGAAGAUGUGGAGACGAUCAUUAAUGAAACAACAUACAGUGGAUUCCCUGUGAUAGUGUCAAAAGAAUCCCAGCGACUUGUAGGUUUUGUCCUCAGAAGAGACCUAAUAAUUUCAAUUGAAAAUGGAAGGAAGCGGCAAGAUGGGAUUGUCAGCACUUCUGCUAUUUAUUUUACUGAACACGCUCCUAUGCAGCCUCCAAAUAGCCCAGCUGCACUCAAACUGCGCUCCGUCCUAGAUUUGAGUCCCUUCACAGUGACUGAUCACACUCCCAUGGAAAUAGUGGUUGACAUAUUCCGAAAACUAGGCUUAAGACAGUGUCUUGUUACUCACAAUGGGCGGCUUCUUGGUAUUAUCACAAAAAAGGAUAUAUUGAAACAUAUUGCUCAGAUGGCCAACCAAGACCCUGAUUCCAUUAUGUUUAACUAAAAUAAAAUUUUAUUCAUCUCAAUGGAGAUUGCAAAGAGGACAGUUUUAUUUCUGGUAAUUUGCUCUGACUAAUGUCAGCUUUGUACCUUAAGUUCCUCCUGAAGAUCGAGAAUGGUGUACCUCAUGUUCAACGAGUGUCUGACUUCCAAUUGCACUACACAAUCUACAAAAUCUUUUUUCCUACGUUUUUGGAUAAGCACUGUGGAACUAUAAAUCGACCGAAUGAAGAACUGUUCUAAGAGUGUACUUCCAUCCACAAUUUGCAUUAAAUUCGUUGCAACAGG